CUUUGUCAAAGUUAUUUAGCUUCAAAAUUUCUGUAGAAAAAUAACCCAAGAACAUCAAGCUGAACAAUUGCAAAGCACUUACCAAGAUUUAAAAAAGUUUUCUAGUCCCGCCAAGACGUGACCACCUGUCUCGGCCAGUGUUGCGAAACACUUUCUGCCACCGAGAGCUCGACAACCCUGCAGAUGUGCGACUGGGAAUCCAGCGCAGAAAAAAACAAGAAAUACACACGUAUUCUGCGACGAAAAUAAAUAGAAUUCCGGCAUAAAAAUAUAAAGACAGCUACAAGAUGUCUGCAAGAAUGCUGAAGAAGCUGCAGGGCGAUGCUGAUAUACUGGCUCCGCCGCCGGAGGAUGAGGAUUGCGAGGAGCUGACCGACAAUGACGAACUGGACGACAGCGACAUGAGAAGCGACCGCAAAUCGCACCUGAAUCCAUUCGAUUUGCUCAAUCAGCCCGGUCUAAGUCUGUCGGAGAGUGAGUUUAAGGAGGACGACAACGAAACGGAGCACCCUUCGGCUGCUUUGCCCAAUGCCACUGCCUCCGCUGCCAAAAAGAAGAAAAAGAAGCGCAAGAAGAAGGCCAAGUCCAGUGGCAACCACAUCAGCAGCGAGGACAAUGAGCGCCAGGACAAGUACUUCGAAAAGGUGGAUCCGCUGCUUGGCAAGGUCUACGAUGCGGUGCCCAGGCAAUCGGCGAAACAGGUGGCAUCCUCAGCAGCAGCUAGUAGCUCAGCCACCAAAAAACUAUUGGCCGUGGAGCUACGCCAUCUGAACCCCCAAAACGAGAUGCGACGCACGUUUGGCAAGCGGGUGGUUAAAGUCGAAACCAAGCGCGGCAGGCAGAAGCCAACACUGAAGUCCACCUACAUGGUUACCGCCAAGGAAUCGUGGCCGGCACUGACCAAAAACACCAUCACCAUGAAGCUGCUGCCCACCCCAGACUCGCCAUCGGGUUCGUCAAAAUCCAUCAUGGACAGCGGGUCUGAAGUCCAGUGGUUCGCCUUCGAGCAUAGUCAAUACUACCAGGGAGUUCAGCACAUGUUCUUGUCCGCCCUGGAGCGCAUUGACUCGGAAUUCCUUAUAACUCUGAUCAAACGCUGCCCCUAUCAUGUCGACUCCUUGGUCCAGCUAAGCGAGGUGUGCAAGAUGACCGAGGACUUUGCCCUGGCCUCCGAGCUGCUGGAACGAGCCCUUCUUCUUUUGGAGUCUUCGCUGCACAUCAAUUUUAGCCUCACGUCUGGAAACUGUCGCUUGGACUACCGCCGCCAGGAGAACCGUUCCUUCUACAUAGUGCUCUUCAAGCACGCACAAUACUUGGAGGAGCGAGCCUGCAGCCGCACAGCCUUUGAGAUCUCCAAACUGCUACUCAGUCUGCAGCCGGACACGGAUCCCCUUGCCAUGAUUCUGGUCAUAGACUACUACGCUCUGCGCAGCAAACAAUUCGGAUGGUUAGUGGAGUUCUACGAGGAGUACAAUGCAGCCAGGAACCUCAACCAGCUGCCGAACAUGGCCUACUCUUACGCUUUGGCUCUGCAUACGCUCCACGGCGCCUGUGAGCGCUCCAACCAGGCGCUUAAGUACGCGCUGCUCAUGUUCCCGGGUGUACUUCGUCCUUUGCUGGACGAGAUGUCCGUGCAGACGGACAAACGUGUGCUGGCCUCGUCGUACUUCUUUGCGGAUGUGUCGGGCAAUCAAUCACCAGCACUGCAUCAGCUGGUGUGCCUGUAUGUGUGCCGUGCCCGAGUCGUUUGGCGACAGAACGAGGUGCUGCCCUGGCUGGAAUCCAACGUUAAUGCAGUCCUCGAUCGCAUCGACGCAAAGGACCCCCUGGUGAAUGAAUACAAGGAAAAGCGAUCACUGCGGUACAGUGGUACCCCACCGAGGCCCAUCCUGCGGCACGUGAUCCUCUCCGAUUACAAAGAGAAGGUGCCACUGGCCGUUUUCGUUUCCAAGGAGAAGCAAGCCAUUAUGACCUACGAUCCACUGCCGCCACCGAACAGCGUUAAUUGCUAUCAACGAAAAUCCUCGUCGAGCAGCAGCCCCACAACGAACACGAACAAUUCCGUAUCAAUGUUUUUCCAGUCGCUCUUGCCUUCGUUCAACAUCAACAACCUGGCACAAGCUGGCCAGCCGCAGGAGGCAGGAGCAGCACCAGCAGCAGGCGCCGCUCCAGCUGAUGCUAAUAUUGAGGCGGACAUUGAAGCAGGAGCUGCUGGAGUAGCAGGAGCUAUUCGUGAAGCAGAAGAAGCCGGCUUGCAGCAGUCGCUCACUCUAAUGAUGGACGCCAUGCGGGACUUCCUGCAGAACUUCCGAAUCGCCGAGCAUUUGCGGUCACCGGAAACGGCGGCGGCGCAGUCCACGAGCAGCAACGACGAAGAGGAGGGCUCCAGCGAUUACGCUGACUAGUCAAUUUGUCAAUUACGUGAAACGUAUAAAAUUUGGUCGGAUUUGUGACCUAGAACGCGUUUUUUGAAAACCACCUUUUGCUAUUCUUUCAGCUAAGCAACACCAUCACAAAAUUGGAACAUACGACAUAUAUAUACAUAUAUAUAUUAGAGCAAUUUGAACACAUACAAAACAUAUGAACUUAUGCAUUGAAUAAAAUUUUCCAGUACAAGCUUUA